GGUCUUCGCCAAAUUUCCCAGAGGACCAUAAGCACUGCUUCACGCAGGCAGUUUGAAAAUAGAGUUCAUGAGAAGCAGAAGCUUUUCCAGGAGGAUAAUGGCAUCCCGGUGCAUCUUAAAGGUGGUGUGAUGGAUGCUCUCUUGUAUAGAGUCACUAUGGGUCUUACAGUUGUUGGAACAGCCUAUGUUGUUUAUGAGUUGCUCACCAUUUCAAUGCCCAAGAAGCAGAAAUGAUUUCAGUUCAAGAUAUCUCAGUGACUAGCAUCUCUUCGUCCAAUUCCAUGUGACUAUGAUGGCAGCUUAUACUUCCUAUAAGCAGCUGGCUUAAUGCUUGGAAUCAUAAUUUAAUUGUAACAUGUUAACUGCAAUCAAUAAAGCAGUUUUUACGUUGCAUU